AUGUCGAUGCGCAAAACAGGCCACGUGAAGUUUUUCAGCUCAGUCAAAGGAUACGGUUUUAUCAUACCUGACGAUCAACCAGGUCAAUCCAACGUAGAAGAAGUCUUUGUUCAUCAUACAGCAAUACAACACGAUGGCGGAUUUAAAAGUCUAGGCGAGGGUGAACAGGUAGAGUAUGAUUUGGUGCAAGGACCUAAAGGAAUGCAGGCGGCCAAUGUGUCUGGUCCAGGCGGUGCAUCAGUCAAAGGGGAUCCUAACGCUGGUCGACGACACUAUGGAUCGAUGGGACAACGAAAUUAUUCAUAUGACGCGUAUGGACUUGGCUAUAGUAAUCCAGCUUUUGGAUAUCCAAUACCUGUGCAAGGAAUGAUGCCGUAUGGCAAUAUGCCUCAGUUCUUCCCUCAAUAUCCAGUCGCUUAUUAUCCGGUACCACCUGUAUCCAUGUCAUCUCCAUUACCCUCGGGAACCGCCUCCACGCCUUCGCAAACCCUGCCUACCAACAGUUACUCUGAAUAUCAAAACACAACGCAUUAUGGAACCAACGUGGAAUCGGACGACCAAUCCUCAGCCGUCUAG